GUAAAUGCACAAGAAAGAUGUAUCAAAUUCAGUGUCAAUCCAAACUUUCGUAAGUUGUCAUGAACUUGCGCUUAUGGUUAUGGACAAGGAUUUUUGUUUUCACAAGUAGACUUGCGUAUUCAACGAGCGGUGGAUGGCGACAGUAUAGGAAGGAACGAGGGGAGGGAAAAGGGAAGGGAGAGAAAAGGAUGACGGGAGAGAUAGCCUGUCUUCCAAAUUGCAGUUUGAAUGAUUCAUGGUACGCAGUUCUUUUGUGCUACGAAUAACAGGAUCUCUAAUCAUCUUUGUAUCGAAUACUUGCACAUGCGCGGACAAAAUGAGCUUGGAAUAACUACAAUUGCAAAAUGCCAAUUCAGCUGAAAAUCAGGCACGCCUAAUCGAAAGAAAACUAUGACUACAAAUAAAUUCAUCAAUAUUAAUCGAAUCUUCAAUGAACAUGCCAUUAAUAAGUAAUGGCAGUAAGCGACAUUGAGUAUGCAAAUAGUCCGUUUUCUUGUACAGCUUUUGAUGGCCUAAGAUAAAUUUGCUAGCAUUUCACCUAAGUGUGUUAUUUAAUCUUGGCUUAGUGGGAGCUUCAUAUCACAACUUUUUGCUAGAAGAAUGAAAAAUCGAAUAGAGCCUGCAAUUACACUGACUGAUUACCAAACAAUAAGAGAAAAUGUCGAAAGAAAGGUUCGAAGACGACGAAGCCGAUCGACACCGCCGGCUUCUGAAAUAAACGCAAUUGAUGAGCGGCUGAGAAUAGCGGAAUCUGAGAAUAGCAAUGCUGCUUCCUCAGGGAAGAAAGCACCACUCAAGUUGUUACAGGAACAGGUCGUCGACGUAGUAUCAGCUGAAAAUUAUGUAGAGUAUCUGCACAAAGAACUGAAAACCAAUGUAGUACAUAACAGCAGAAGCAAAUCAGAUCAGUUCAAUACUGAAUCAGUCGAUGCUUUAAGAAGAAAGAAAUCCUCGAAUGUACUACCGAGUAUUUUUAGCUCUACGCGCAAAGCAGCAUCGAAAUGGAGGCAUUAUGUUUCGCAUAAGCGCGAAGAUAGCAAAUUCCGCAAGCAUUUCGAAAUACUAAACCUUAAAAAACUUCUGGAGUGUGGUGAAAAGCGCCGUAGUACUUUGGUUAGGGAAUCUUUCGGUUUUCUUGAGGAGGAAUUUGAUGGUUACGAUGGCUCCAAACAGAGUAUGGAUGAAAUUGCAAGAAAAUCUCAUGUGAAAAGUAAAGAGCUCAUUAGGUACUUUAUAACUCUCUCAAAUUCCAAGAAAGAUGACAGCAAGGUCGAUCUUGAUUUUGUGGAAACGCUGAUAGAAGAUGGCGCUGAUCCGAAUUGGCCUGAUAAACAUGGUCAAACUGUUUUACAUGAGGUAGCACGUAUCUGGCACCCCGAUGUAGCACAGUUUCUGAUAGAGCAUGGUGCAGCAGUUGACAAGGUAGACAAGUAUGGAAGAAGUCCUUUGCAUGUUGCGGCUGCCGUCGACUAUAGCGAGAUGGUUGAGUUUUUAUUGUCAAAGGGGGCGGACAUCAACUUGAGAACGUUGGGUGAAGAACAGACCCCUGUUCAUUAUGCAGCAAAAAACGAUGCAUGUAACUCACUAGCAACUUUGCUGGACAAAGGAGCUUCGAUUGAAGACAGAGAUUUUAAAGAAAGAACUCCUUUGCAGCUUGGAGCGGAGCUAGACAGAUCGGAAGCAUGCAAAAUCUUGCUGAACGAAGGAGCACCGGCAGGGGUCUGGGACGACAGCGGAAUGUCGUGCAUGAACCUGAUGAUCCAGAAAAUGCCACCAGUGGCUCUAGAAGCGCUGGACCAAUUCCACAUAAAAGACCGGGCAAACCGAAAGCAAUAUUUUUAUCUUUCUUACCUUGAACCACCAAUGUCCAUCAGUCCAACGAGUGCAAAAUCCUCACUAAAGGUUGCAGUGGAGGAGCAACAGUUCGCAAUUGUCAUGCACCCUGUUAUGCAGCGGCUGACUGAAGUGAAAUGGAAAUGGUUCGGCAAGUUAGGUGCAUGCGUUCAUUUUACGCUUAACCUUCUGUUCUGUGUUACAUGGACUGCCUUGAUAUGCUCACUGCCCAAUGACAUCAAGGAUCUGUACACUCCACUUGGGAAAAAGUCCUAUCGCAUUGUGUUAGAAAUAGCAGUUAUAUGUGUAUUGUUUUACUGGAUGAUAAACGAAUACAUGGAAUACAAAAACUCGAUACGAGAACGUGACGAGUACAGUCGCUGGCGGGAGAGCGAGCUUAUACGGGACUUGAAAUACUGCCACCCAAGAUGGCCGGAGGAAAGGGCCUAUAUCGAGCGUGAAAUAGCAGAGCUGGGAGACUUGAAACCAAGUUACCUCGUUGAUUGGUGGAAUUAUUUCGACUGGUUAACAUACGCAUUUAUAAUAGGCACAGUUAUCUGUCACGUGGUUUCGGUCGCGAAACAGUCAACGAGUGCGUUUCGCGCAGAAAAGGGCGUGGGCUCUGCCAUGCUCGUGUUGCAGUGGACGCGGCUCAUGAAAUUCGUACGCGCGUUUCAUCCACUAGGUCCUUUCGUUGUCAUACUCAGACAUGUUAUAUCUGACACCGGGCGCUUUGCAUUUCUUUUCUUCAUCUUCUACAUUCCAUACGCUGCAUCUUUGUGGGUUUUAUUUGGCAAAAGAUCCGUAAGCGGCUAUUCCAACUUUGAAGAACUUGCGUAUAAUUUGUUGCAGAUAACUGUUGUCGGCGAUUUUGGGUUCGAAAAUUUAACCGCAGUUGACGGGAGGAUGGCGCGGUUGCUCUGUGGUACUUAUAUCGUCGUAAGCGGAAUCGUAUGCUUAAAUCUAUUCAUUGCUCUCUUGUCUGAUACGUUUCAGCGCGUAUACGACAACGUGCAGGCAAACACACAAAUGCUACGAGCGUCGAGAGUAUUGAACUUUGAAGAUAAUUUUGCUCCGAAACGGAGAGAGAAAUAUCAACAUAAAAUUCAAAUGCGCUGUUCGCCGGAAGUUAGUUAUUACGAUGACGAUAUGACGGAUCCGUCAGAGACGGAGCUGAAAAGAAUGACCCAUCAGAUAAAAGCAGAAAUCGACAAUGUGAAGAAGUAUCUCCAUGAUAAAUUCGGAACCAUUGAAGAAGAUCAUGAAAAUAAUCAGCGAAGCACAAGACAAGACACAGCAGAGGAGAACGAUUUAACGUCUAUUAAACAGGAAAUAAAUGUUCUUAAGUCAAAUCACGAGCAUUCGGUUAAGAUUAUCAAUAUGCAAUUGAUGUCAAUCAAUUCGAUGCUGUCAGAGGUCCUAAAUAAGAAAAAGAAAGGGGGGACAAGAAAAGGAACAGGAAAAUCUCGCACGGAGGAGACGUCAACAGCAGAUGUCCACAGUAAAGUUGUUGCUGUUGCAACCGAUGUCUCUGAAUCAAAACGAGUCACACGCGUAAGAUGAUCCUUGGGUAAAAUGAAGAAGGAGUAAGGCUUGUUAUAAAAGAAACAUUUAACAGCAAAUGCUGUAAAAGUUGAGUCAAAUGAUAUUGAAAGAGAUUUUUGAAAUGAGCCCCAAAAGAGCUUCGAAAAAUUUUUGAUCCACUUACUUCCCAUUGAAAUGUUUCCGACAGUAAGGUUGAAAUAUUAGACAACGAGUAUAGAACGCUUGGUUGUGUAGAGAUGGAAUACGAUACACAUCGUUUAAACAAAUCGAGAAGGUGGUGACAGCAUACGAUUUUGUGACUUUUUGAAGAAUUUUUAUUUCUAUAAAUUUUAGGUUCUUAAAUAAUUUGAAAUUUUUAUCAUGGACCCUUGAAGGACAUUCUUACUGACCGGGCAACUGUGUCGACAAUUAGGAUUCAUGCACUUCACAGAGACUGGUAGAAGCACGGAAUCUUAUCUGCCUAUUCAUUAACGAGAAAAAUUACUUUGUUGAUUUUCUCGAAAGCUGUUCUUGAUUGAAAAGUUGACAGGGGCCGUUUAGCCUUCAAUUUUCAAAGGUAGCUCAAGUUCCAAACCUCGUCUAAUCCCGCACGUAGUUGGUGUCUGUGUUAACUGUCAAGUUCCAAUUUCAGGUGUUACAAAUGUAAACUGUUACUCUUCAUGUCUAUAGUGUCGUCUGCUGUUCGUUUAUAUUUAGAUUUCAAUUCAUUAAUGACUUAUUCUUAAGUAUAAAUGAAAAAUUUCAUAGUAAAGUAAUGUAUGUUUGGUAUGUAAACUUUUUGUAACUAUUAUGUUAAUACUGUGACUAAACAUGAGAAGUGAAAUUCAGCAUAAACCCGCAUUUAAGAACCUCAAUUUGUAAGAAAGCAAGAGCUAUCAUCUUGGAGGAUGAUUUUAAGAAAUAGACAAGUCUGCUUUAAAACAUGGGGGAGAAGGCAAUGGUUCGCUAGUAGCACGAGAAAUACAAAGAAAUCUAGAAAUGAAGCGAAAAGAUGAAUUUCACAAACGACGAGUCUGUGAGAAUGAAAUAUUUCUCAAAAACUGAAAACAAAAACAUGAUACAGUAGGCAUUUAGACGUUCAAAAUGUGUAAAAUAUGAAAUUUUGCAAGUCAGAUAUUAAUGUGAGAUACAUGCGGAAUUUUUGAGCAUGGUUUUCCAAUUGUUUAAAUAUACCGAUUCCCAGACAAAAAAACUUUCAAAUAUCUUAUGUAGCAGAUAAGAAACACCGCAAUACGCUGAGAAUAAACAACAAUUAAUACACAUAAAUCAGUU